CGGCUGCAGUCACUCGAGGCACUUACAGUUGAAACGUCGGCGACGAAGGUUCUGUUCUGGAAACCACAAAAUAAUCGGUUUUUUAGUGGCCAAUUCAGACGUGAGAUACGAACACUUCGAGCAAGAUUAUGGCAGCCCCAUUGGAUCGGACAGAGACUGUUAAUCAGAUUCGCGAUGGCCUCAUGGACGACUGGAAAAUCCUGGAAAACGUCUUCAGUCUGCUCCAAAAGGACGAUACCUUCUGCGUGGAUCCCCAGAAAUGGACCGAACAGAAGAUAGUUCCGUUUUUGCAGCCAGACAAACUUAAGGAACUGAUUAAUCUAAAAGUCCGGGAGACGGAGAAGUGCACGCUCGCUGAAAUCGAGGAGCUGUGUCAGCAGGUGAUCCAUUACUCCGUGAAAACAUCGCACGGGCGCUUCCACAAUCAGCUCUUCGGGCAGCUUGACCCAUUCGGAUUGGCAGGAGCUCUGAUCACCGAGGCCAUGAACGGCAGCGCAUACACUUAUGAAGUAGCACCCGUGUUCAGCCUGAUUGAAACUGAAAUAAUUUCCACAAUAUGCCAGCUGGCAGGAUAUAAGGAUGGCGAUGGCAUCUUCGCGCCCGGAGGUUCCACCUCCAACAUGUACGGGCUGGUUUUGGCCCGCUAUAAGAUCGCUCCCGAGGUGAAGACCUCCGGAAUGUUUGGGAUGCGACCCCUGGUGCUGUUCACCUCAGACGAAUCCCACUAUAGCUUUGUGAAGGCGGCCAAUUGGCUGGGAUUGGGCAGCGAUAACUGUGUGUCGGUGAGGACCAACGAGCGGGGUCAGAUGCGACUGGACGACCUGGAGGCGAAGAUCACGGAGGCAAAAGCGCGUGGUGGCCAGCCGUUCUUUGUCAACUGCACGGCAGGUACCACUGUACUGGGUGCCUUCGAUGACAUAAACGGUGCAGCAGAUGUGGCAGAGCGCCAUGGUCUGUGGCUCCAUGUGGACGCCUGCUUGGGAGGGUCUUCGCUGCUCUCCACAAAGAACAGAUCCCUAAUCGCUGGCCUUGAGCGAGCCAACUCCUUUGCCUGGAAUCCACAUAAGACCAUCGGUGCUCCCUUACAGUGUUCGCUGUUCCUAACCCGGGAAUCGGGACGCCUCCUGGAGAGAUGCAAUAGCACCGAGGUGCAUUACCUCUUCCAACAGGACAAGUUCUACGAUGUGUCCUACGACACGGGCAACAAGAGUGUCCAGUGCGGCCGAAAGAUAGACGCCUUCAAGUUCUGGCUGAUGCUAAAAGCCCGAGGAUACGGGAAGUACGGUCUCCUGGUGGACCAUGCCAUCGAUAUGGCCAGGUUACUGGAGGAUAAGCUGCGACAGCGCGGAGAUCGCUUUAGGCUGGUACUGCAAAAGCACGAGUACUCCAAUGUCUGCUUUUGGUUUAUUCCAAAAUCAAUGCGGGUGUCCAGCGAGAAGGAAACGCCGGAAUGGUGGAGUCGUCUCUAUACUGUGGCUCCUAAGAUUAAAGAGCAGAUGGCCCACAGUGGCACUCUGAUGAUUGGCUACUCCCCUCUAAAGGCGCUUAAUCUGGGUAACUUUUUCCGCAUGGUCUUCACUUGUUUUCCCGUCCUAAAAAGCGAAGAGUUGGAUUUUAUAUUGGAUGAAGUUGAGAGACUCGGCGAGAAAAUUGUUGUUUAAUACAAAUUGAUAGUUUAAAAA